AGGAGGGAACCUCAAUUCAUGCCUCCAUAAAACUAGGCUGUAGGCAAGCUUAUAGGUAAUUAAUGCCUGUUGGGGUAUUGCUAUUGUUAGCCAUUGUGGGUGGUGCCAUUCCUGGGCUGAUGGUCCUGGGUUCUAUAAGAAAGCAGACUGGGCAAGCCAGCAACAACACUCCUCCAUGGUCUCUGCAUCACCUUCUGCCUCCAGAUUCCUGCCUUGUUUGAGUUCCUGUGCUGACCUCUUCAAUAAUGAACAGUGAUCUGGAGGUGUACGCCAAAUAAACGCUUUCCUCUUGUUUGGUCAGGGUUUCAUCAUGGCAGUAGAAAUCCUAACUAAGAAACUAUUAGACAUAGGAAUUCAGCUAAUUAACAAAACCUUUGCAACUCAAAACAUACUCAGAAACACCACAGGAAUGGCGUAUAGAUCAUGAUAGUAGUAGAUUUAUUAAACAUGUUGACUGCAGACUUCUGGGUGGCAGAGAAACAGUCAGUCCAGGAAGAGACAAGAAUGAAACUCCAUUCAUACCUACUUUGAAACCAAUGCUGAGCCAAAACCUCCAGAGUCUGACACCAGUUCAUUUAUUUUAGCCAUAUCGAAGCACAGCAUGAUUUUUGGAAAAAAGGGUUUUCUGAUAACAACUCAGUCCUGUGAGUACAACAAAGUUCAAGACAUGUUUACAUAGGAAGUUCUUAACAAAGUACAUAUUUCUUCCUUAAAGAUGGGUCCUGUUGACUUAGAAACAAUGCUCAAGAUAAGGGUCUGUGGAGAAUGACUAAGGUAAACAGAGCCUGUGGGAGUCAUGACUUGACCUGGCCCUAAGAUAACACAGACGCCACUUAGAUUGUUGUAAAGUACAAAUGAUGCCAUUCAUGUGUUUUAUGGCCUAGAAACAAUGCUCAAGUUUUAGGGGCAGGGGAAGUCUGGGAUAAACAAACAUCAUAUUCUGGAAUAUGUGUAGAGCCUGGCUCAACAGAUUACUACAUCCCUCCCUCCCCUGCAUUCCAGGAGAAUGGUCAAAUAUCUUCUCCCUUUGGAGAGAUGAGUUGUGUGUUUAACUUUUCCUGGCUUCAGUGCUUAUCUGUAUGCACAAGGACCUUUUGCCCCGUAGAAGAUAGAAUCAGAAAACCAAAAUUAAUGUUAACAUUUCCGUUAAUUCUCCAGAGGCUAAGAAUGUGGCAGGAUGAUGAGAGAAUAAAGAAUCAAAACCAUAAUGAGACAAAACCAGAGACACUGGUAAGGUAUCCACUCCCUAAUGCCUUUCACUAGCCCCGGCAGAAAUAAAUCAGAUAAAUGGAAGUUUCACCACUUUUGUUGGAAGUUGUGUCUCUUCCAAGCCAGCCUCAGCAGGCAGUCUUUGCACCUUUCUUCGUCAGCAGGAGGGACAUUCCUGGUUCCACCUACUUCACUUGCUGGGGCCUUGCUCAAGGCAUUUCAUACAUUAGUGCCUGCUUCCUCAUUUGUUAGUGGUGCAAACCUAAGUGCGUUGAGUUGUGAGAUAAUAAAGUGCUUAGGAAAGUGCCUAACACAAUUAGUGCUAAGGGUCAUCCAGAACCCACAGUCAUCUAGGAGAACCACUAGGCUCUCACACAAAUGUCUUAGAGGAAGGUGAAAGGGAAAGUAUUGGCUCAGGACCCCCAAGACCAAGUUCUCAGCACUUGGGACAGGGCAGGGAAUAAGAGACAAAGGCAGGAGAUAGAGGAUGAGGAGGAAGGGGAAGGAGACAAGGGAAAAGGGACAGGAGUGUUUGUCCUGGAGGGACAAAGGAGUGAGUUCAUCUAGAUAAAGAGGAGACACACGUGGUCCAUAGGCAAAUAGUAGUUUAUAAAGGUAAAAUGGGAACCCCUGUGUUAGAACAAGGUGUUUAAUCUUAAUUGGGUUUAUUAAUUAAGUGAGCCAAAGGGGACUUCUGAUUGCUGAGGCCAAAUAAGGGAAUAGACCUUGGUGGCUAGCUUUAGGAAUGCAAUCUAACAGUUUUUAACGAGGCAGUGGGAAUUGGGGAGAAGGGCAAGGCCUGCCAGAGCCAUGCUCACCAUGCUCAAGCUGGCCAGAGUCCCUUCAGAAGGUAUGUAAUGGAGGGAGAAGAUGCCACACACUGCAUAUUGCAGAAGCCUCCAGAUCUAGUGUUCUUUCUCCCCCUCAACCACACCAUGGGCUGGGCUUUUCAUUUGGUUAUUUUGCUGUUAUUCUGGGUGAGUUUUGAGUAUCUUUUCAAUGCAAGAAAUCAAGCUAGCAGAUGCUAUGUCCCUGUGCUACCACCAUCCCUAGCCGUCACCCUGAACCUGUCCUCAGAACUGACCAGACUAUGCAGAUGCUCGUCUGUCCACUUCAGACUUACAGCUCUUUCCUAUCACACACAAAAUGAAUCCUAUGUUCCUACCACGGCUAGACUAUGAAGACCUGAGAGUCGCACACACUCAUCUUGAGCUGUUUCCUUUCCACUGGCAACGAUGCUCAUCUUGCUAAGCAUUAAAUACACCAAGCCAGCUGCUUUGUAGGCAGCUCUUCCCAGGAAAGUAAAAUCUCCCAAAUAUCCCCACCCCUGUUCUGUCUGUAACUCAUUUACACAGCUUUACUGUCUUGUCACUCCCUGAUGAGCAUUUUCUGUUUGAUGGACCUCCAUCUCUAGUCAAACCAACCCUCCAAUGGCUCACUGUUUCUCCAGCUUCUGAACAGUGCCUGGCACCUGUGUGCUCCCUAAGUGAGAGAACGACACUUUUUAAGUACCGGAUAGUCACUGACAUUGCAUCCUAAAGGUUGGCCAGCAGUCUCUUAAGUGCCAAUUCCCAAGUCAGAUUUUAAAUUUAAUUGUUUUACUAGUUUGCUAACUAGAAAGCUGCUCCAUGAAUCUACGAAUUCAAAAGCAACUAGAUGACUCUGGUAUAUCACCCCAUCCUGCCGGCUCCACCCGGCGGUCCCAGAGAAGAUCUGCAGGGUCUUCGCUCCUGUCCCUUCCACCUCUCAUCCCCAAGUAUCUGGAUGACAGCCAGGCAGCCCCACUACCGCCACCUGUGCAGCACUGAGUGGCGACCGUGAGCCCCCUGCCUGGCCGCUGCACAAACGGACGCGCCCGUCGAGAGCGCAAUCCUGACAGUCUUUCCAGCAUGUUCCCUGCUGCUCGGCCCACCAACGCAGUUCCUGGAAGCUUGAGUCGCAGGUCUCCGGAUCGAGUUCCCCAGAGAUAACAACAUCCUGGACCUUACUUGAAUCUCUGCUUCCCUCUGGGUGGACCCGCAAGUCAGUGUCCCCGCGGAGGCUACUGGGAAUUGUAGUUCAACCCACAAAACCACUCCGCGCAGGCGUACAUCAUCACUUUUGCCUUCCACUCUCCCCCUGGGAAAAGGAGUCCCGAAGCCCUAGAGUUGCAGCUCCGUGAUUUGUGGGAAUUACGGACCGCUCCCAAAGGAAUGCGCAGGCGCGAUUCGGCUUCAGGCUGCAGGCUCCAGCUCAUUGUGUCCUGACUGUUAUGUGGCUGCGAUGGAGGCGCCUCGAAGGGCAGCCCCAUGGUGACCAGCAGUGUCCAGAGCCAAGCGGGAAGGCGACGGUCAGGCGAGCAGAUGCCUCUGGCCUGAAGAAUCCCACAGUUGCGAAGCUUCAUGCCUGCCUCCUCAGUGCUUCGUGGUCCUCAGAGAGCUCACUGGAGAAGGGAAUGGCUGUCAGCUACCUCCCAGCCCUGGUCCAGGACUUGGUGACCUUCAAGGAUGUGGCUGUGCUCUUCACCCAGGAGGAGUGGGGACGCCUGAGCUCUGCCCAGAGGGCCUUGUAUAGGGAUGUGAUGCUAGAGAACUACAGCAACCUGGCCUCCCUGGGACUCUCGGGAUCCAAACCAGACGUGUUUUUUUCACCCAGAGAAAGCAGACAAGUGCACGCCAGAGCAUGCUUCAGAGGGCGUUGUUCUUGGUUUUCGUUAACUUCUUGGAAAUGUUAUUGUCUGAGGGAUACAGUCCUGUCCAUCUUUUGUUAUGCCAUAUUUACUUCACAGUGUUGUUACUUUCUGCAGCUUAUUGGAGGGAUUACAAUGACCAUGAGUAAGAAAUGUGUCAGGGCAGAUAUCUCUAAAAAAGAAUCAGAUCAAUGGAUAAUGGAGGAGAGAGUCACCAGAAGGACUUACUGGGAAUGUGCUAACCUGUUAGACUGGCAGCACCAGGAAGGUCAGGAGGUCAGGUUACAGCAAGUGGACCUCACCCAACAGGACACACCAUCAAAGCUUAGUGAGCAGGAAGCGGAGGUGUCUGAGAAGGGCUGCACAGUGAGCGCAUUACCAAUUCAAAGUCAGAGAUCUCAAGCAAGCAAAACGGCAUUUGAAUGCAGUGAGUGUGGAAAAGCCUUCUCUAAGAGUGUCACCUUUAAGAAACAUCAGAAAAUUCAUACUGAAAAACUCAACCCAAGUCAGGAAACGCCUAUUAAAGAAAAGCGCUAUGAGUGUAGAGAAUGCGGGAAAGCCUUUCACCAGAGUACACACCUUAUCCAUCACCAAAGGAUUCACACUGGUGAGAAACCAUAUGGAUGUAAGGACUGUGGCAAGACCUUCUCGGUGAGCUCUUCACUUGCCUACCACCAGAAAAUCCAUACUGGAGAAAAGCCUUUUGAAUGCAGCGUUUGUGGCAAAGCCUUCAUCCGGAGCAUACAUCUCUCCCACCAUCAGAGAACACACACCGGAGAGAAGCCUUUCCAGUGUAGCGUCUGUGGCAAAGCUUUUGUUUGCAGAGCACACCUUACCAAACACCAGAACAUUCACAGUGGUGAGAAACCCUAUAAAUGUAAUGAGUGUGGGAAAGCCUUCAAUCAGAGUACAAGUUUUCUUCAGCACCAGCGAAUACACACCGGAGAGAAACCCUUUGAAUGCAAUGAGUGUGGGAAGGCCUUCAGGGUGAACUCCUCCCUUACUGAACACCAGAGGAUCCACACUGGGGAGAAGCCAUAUAAGUGUGGCGAAUGUGGCAGAGCCUUCAGGGACAAUUCGUCCUUUGCGCGACAUCGGAAAAUUCACACUGGAGAGAAACCUUACAGAUGUGGCUUGUGUGAGAAAGCUUUCAGGGACCAGUCGGCCCUGGCUCAGCAUCAGAGAAUUCACACUGGGGAAAAGCCUUACACGUGUAACAUCUGUGAGAAAGCCUUCAGUGACCACUCAGCCCUUACCCAACAUAAGAGGAUUCACACAAGAGAAAAACCGUACAAAUGUAAAACCUGUGGGAAAGCUUUUAUACGAAGCACGCACCUCACUCAGCAUCAGAGGAUUCACACGGGAGAGAAACCUUAUAAAUGUAGCAAAUGUGGGAAAGCCUUUAACCAGACUGCAAACCUCAUUCAGCAUCAGAGGCAUCAUACUGGAGAAAAAUGAGAGGAAUGCAGGGUGCUGUGGGGGGUGGGGAUGACAUUAACUACUGAAUACAGGAGACCACGUGAAGAAUCACAAUGAAAUCUUUUGUUACUGUGGUUGUAUUUACUAGAAGCCAAGUGUCACGAUGACAUGGGUUCUGAGAGCUUUAAGGAUGGUAUUUCUCUUUAGUACUGCCUCAUUUGGAUAGUAGUAUUUUUUCUUAUUGGCCUGAAUUACCAAAUAUUAGAACCAAAAUAAAACUUCAUUAAAGGUA